UCCAGAGGCACCUGCCAAGAGCAGCAGUGAGAGCGUCCCUGCCCGCUGCGGUGGGGCGACGUGCGGCGAUGGCGACCUUUGAGGAGCAGACGGCCUGCGUGGUGGAAGCCUUGUUCUCCGACCUGCUGGGCGAGGACGAGAGCGAGUGCCGGAGCCUGGAGACGGACUCGGGAGAGCCCAUGCGGUCUGCAGUGAAGUAUCGGACCACGUUUGACCCGACUGUGAUCGCCAGUCGCCUGCGGCUGAUGGGGGACCGGUGCAACAUGGACUUUGAAAGGGUUUCCUCGGAGGCUCUUGCCGAAGUGUUCACGGGGAAGGUGGAGAAGUUUGCGGCUGCCGUGGACUCUCUCAGCAAGAGGUGGAGAGACCAGAACCCCGAGCUGGUCUACGAGAGCGCUUUUCUCAGCGUGGCUGUGAAAUUGGUGAUGCACAUUGCCAAGAAAGUCCCAGCUCUGGUGCAUCCCACCCAACUCAUAGAAGUGAUCAAUGGAAAUCCUCGAGUGAGAAACUACAUUGAGGCCCAAGGCGGAUGGGAGAACUUGGACAGUUGAGAGAAAGGGCCACGCUACUUCCCCGAAGGUGAAGCUCGCCUUUUCCUUCAUUUAACUGGGAGAAAUGUUUGUAUUUCUUCUGGAGAAGAACUCUACACAUAACCAACAUGUAGAAGACAUUCUGUACCACUACGGGCAAAUAUUAAUAA